AUGGACGCGAUCAAGAAGAAGAUGCAGGCGAUGAAGAUCGAGAAGGACAACGCUCUCGAUCGCGCCGAUGCCGCCGAAGAGAAGGUGCGUCAAAUCACCGAGAAGCUCGAACGCGUCGAAGAGGAGCUCAGAGACACACAGAAGAAGAUGAUGCAGACCGAGAACGAUUUGGACAAGGCCCAAGAGGACCUCGCCAGCGCCACCACCAAGCUUGAAGAGAAGGAGAAGACCGUUCAAGAGCAGACGUCGCUUCUCGAUGUCCUUAAAAAGAAGAUGCGGCAGGCGCGCGAGGAGGCCGAAGCCGCCAAGGACGAGGCCGAUGAGGUGAAGCGUCAGCUUGAGGAGGAGCGCAAGAAGCGCGAAGAUGCUGAAGCCGAAGUCGCCGCGCUCAAUCGCCGCAUCGUGCUCGUCGAAGAGGAUCUCGAACGAACCGAGGAUCGCCUCAAAACCGCCACCAACAAGUUGGAGCAGGCGACGAAAGCCGCCGAUGAGGCCGAAGCCGAAGUCGCCUCGUUGAAUCGUCGCAUGACGCUUCUCGAGGAGGAGCUCGAGAGAGCCGAAGAGCGUCUGAAGAUCGCCACCGAGAAGCUCGAAGAGGCCACGCACAACGUCGACGAAUCCGAGCGCGCGCGCAAGUCGAUGGAGACCCGCUCGCAGCAGGACGAGGAGCGCGCCAACUUCCUCGAGACGCAAGUCGACGAGGCGAAAGUGAUCGCCGAGGAUGCCGAUCGCAAAUACGAAGAGGUAUAUCUGAUUGUGCACGCUGGUCCCUCGUCGCGAAAAGCGCUGUCGAAUCAGAUCGAGCUCGAUGAUGAUCGAUGCGCGGAGCUCGAGCGCAAACUACGCGAAUGCCAAUCGCUGUUGCAUGAGACCGAGAACAAUGUUCGCAAGGUGAUGGAGAAUCGCUCGUUACAAGAUGAGGAGCGCGCCAACACCAUCGAGGCCCAACUCAAGGAGGCUCAGCUUCUCGCUGAGGAGGCCGACCGCAAAUACGACGAGGUCGCCCGUAAGCUCGCCAUGGUUGAAGCCGAUCUCGAGAGAGCUGAAGAGCGCGCUGAAGCCGGAGAAAACAAGAUCGUCGAGCUCGAAGAGGAGUUGCGCGUCGUCGGCAACAACUUGAAGUCGCUCGAGGUGUCCGAGGAGAAGGCGCUUCAACGCGAGGACUCCUACGAGGAGCAGAUUCGCACCGUCUCGUCUAGACUGAAGGAGGCUGAGACGCGCGCCGAAUUCGCCGAGCGCUCCGUUCAGAAAUUGCAGAAGGAGGUCGACAGACUCGAAGACGAAUUGGUGCACGAGAAGGAGCGCUACAAGGCGAUCUCCGAAGAGCUCGACACGACCUUCCAAGAGCUCUCCGGUUAUUAA